ACUCUCGACCCUCUCCCCUCACCGCUUCGAUCCCUUUGCCCACAUCGCUUCGACUCUCGACCCUCUCCCCUCGCCGCUUCGAUCCCUGCUAUCCCGUCGCUUCGAUAGCGUCUAUUACUCCUUCCGUCGCUUCGAUCCUGUUGGUUGCUCCCCCUAAUGCCUGAAAAAUGGAUUUGGUUCAUGCUCGCUCCCAAAAUGAGGCCUCCUCUCCGUCUCCUCCUCCUCCCCCUCUACCUACUCUCUAUUACGGUGAAGGUGGAUGCGGCGCUAGGGCAACCUGUGGUUGUGAGCACGUGGGCGUUCCGGGAGGCGGCGAGGGCGACGUAGCGCGCUAUGGACGGCAGCGGGUCGUCGGCGGUGGACACCAUGGUCGCCGGAUGCUCCGCCUGCGAGGAGCUCCGCUGCGACGACACAGACUGCCGCUGCUGCUGCUACAUCACCUGCUGAUGCUGCUUCAAUCUACUGCAAAUUUGGAUGAUGCGAAAGUAGCAAGCAGCGCGAACCUCUCAGUAAUGGAAAUCGGAGAAACGAAUAAGGUAGCAGCUAAGUAAGGUCGAAUAUUCAGUUUCUUCGUAUGACAUGGCAUGGAUAGCCAUGGUCCCUUCUCCUGGAUCUCCUCAAACCCCGUACUUCCCUCAGUGCGUCGAUUGGAUGUUACAAAAUCAAAAUUCUAAUGGAUCCUGGGGACUUGACCACAUUCAUCCCUCUUUGAUGAAAGAUGCUCUAUCUUCCACAUUGGCAUGCAUGUGUACUUGCGCUCAAGCGAUGGAAUGUGGGUGAAGAGCAUGUAAGAUGAGGUAUUAAGAAACAGAACAUCAUCAACAUUGUGUUCUGCUCAAUGGAAUAAGAAACUUCGCUUUUCAUUUUUGUCUUAUUGCAGGGCUACGUUAUAUUGGAUCUAAUUUGUCAUGUAUUCUGGACGAGAAUUAUCAACCUCCUGUCGACUUCAAUAUCAUUUUCCUUGCAAUGCUGAACUUGCCAUCGAUUUGGGUUUCGACAUUCCCAUAAGUCAGCAUGCUAUUUAGGAUAUUCUUUUCCUUCGAGAUUUAGAAUUGAAAAGGUCAGGCGUGAUGGUUAUUCGAAUGUAAAUUUUGUUUGAAUCUUAUAUCAUCAAAUUUCACUUAGUAUACAAUUUUUUUUGUAAUUGGCAUUUA